AUAAAUUACAGGGUCACCUCGUCACCGCCUAAACUGAUACCAAGUUCCCCUCUAUUUUCAUCAUUCUUGUGUUCGUGGAUGUUCUUUUGCAUCAUAUCAUGCUUCAUAUGAACGACGUAAUAUAACAUUACUUAAAUGAAUACAGAUACUCCAUUGGAGUCGAUAAUCAGACAUUCUAGUAUCCAAUCAACGUCAAAUAGACAUCCACUACUCUGGGAUCCCGUACUAAUUGGAUGUGGGAUUACGACUGUUACUUCAUGCUACAUUUUUUGGUCAUUCAUCUCUCCUGCAUUUCGGAGAAUUUGUUUACCAUUCUUACCUGCUACGUCGACUCAGCUAGAUAAUACGUACAAGCUUCUAGAGUAUGCGCAAAGUCAAAAAAGUGAUAAGUCAUUAGGAUCCAUAAUUGAUCUAGGCAGCGGUGAUGGACGUGUGUUAAUUGAUUUAAUAAGUCGGCCAACAUUGAAAAUCACUUCUGCUCAUGGUGUAGAGUUAAAUCGUCCGCUUGUUUGGUAUUCACGUAUCAACUCCUUUUGUAGUAAUAAAGUACUCACUACACCCAAAGUAACUUUCGCUUGUAAAAAUAUGUGGAAAACUAAUCUUUCUGUAUAUGAUACAGUUUUACUGUUUGGUGUAGAUUCAAUGAUGGGAUCUAUCGAACAGAAACUUAACAAAGAAUUAAAAAAUGGUUCAAUCGUCAUUACAGCCAGAUAUCCACUGCCUAAUAUCCAAGCAUUCAAAUCCAUUAUUGAUGGACCCCACUCAGUAUAUUUGUACAAAAUGUAGUUAUUACUAAUAUGACUUUGUAAUUACUUUCCGUAUAUUUAUUCAACCAUCCCUUUGUUUAACAAAUCACAAAA